AUGGUACAUCUCCAAGGAUCGAAACAAAAUUCACUGAAACAGUUAAAACCACAGAAAGACAAGUAUGGUAUCCUGAGAUGCCGUGGACGAAUGGAGCUCGCCGAACUCCCUUUCGAAGCACGUCAACCUAUUUUAAUUGCAGCGAAAACCAAAUUGGCAGAGAUCAUUGUACAGGAUGCCCAUUCCCCACUUCACUGCACAACUGCUCAUACAAUGCCAACAUACCCAGAAAUGGGAGAUCUUCCCAGACGACGUGUUUGCAGAGCGCACCCAUUUGAACAUAGUGGAAUCGACUACUUUGGCCCACUAUCCGCCAAGGAAAAUGAUGAAGUGGUACAAGUAUAUGGAAUAAUCAUUACGUGCAUGACAACUCGACUACUACAUCUGGAACUUGUACCUGAUAUGACAACUAUCAAUCUCCUCAAUGCACUACGUCGAUUUUUUGCAAGAGGAGUCCCUACCACAAUAACAUCGGAUAACGCACCUAAAUUCCACCUAGCAGAACAGAUUCUUUCUAAUGCCGUAUGUUCCAUCACAGAAGACACCUCGUUUGCCAACUCACUAGCAGCGAAAGGAAUCGAAUGGAGAACCAUAACACCUUUCGCCCCUUGGCAAGGAGCAUUUUACGAGCGAUUGAUAAAGUCUGUCAAGUACUCACUCUACAAAGUAAUGCGGAAAACCAUUUUAACGAAGACAGAUUGGAAACAACAUUAA